AUGAUCCUACCAUACACGUAUGAGGUCUGCAGCACGGGAGCGCACCAUCCCCGCAAAGCUGGUUCUACCAUCCUCCCUACUGAUCGAUUGGUGGUGGCCUACGCUAGAUACCUGCCGCGGGAAGAGCUUAAGAAUGACGGAAAAGUCAUCUUGAACUUGAUGUUUACCCACGGCACGGGGAUGAACAAGAGCGUUUGGAGGCAUCAUAUCGACAGGCUCUAUCAGCUCUCGUGCAGCCCAUCUGUCAAUCUACCGUGGAAGUUGGGGAAGGUUUUGGCGAUGGAUGCAGUGAACCACUGUGAUUCCGCUGUUUUGAACAAGCGCAAGUUAGGCCACAAGUUUUUCUGGGGGGAUUUUGGAAAGGACGCGCUAGCCAUAAUGAAGCACGAGGGCUUACGGAACAGCGAGAGUCAGAGAACCAUUGGGGUGGGCCAUUCGUUGGGAGGCCACGCGAUUCUAUGUGCGGGGGCGUUUGAGCCAAUUAUGUUUGAUUCCAUCUUCGCAGUUGACCCUGUGAUUUACGAUUCCCAUUCCUUCGAAAGGGAUAACGUAGAGGUCUGGGAUCUUCAUAACAAGAUCCAUCGGAGGAUUGAAAAGAAUUUGCUUGACCAGUUUGCCAACGAAGAAGAAUGUUUCAGAUGGUUUCAAAAGGAAGCUUUCUAUAACAAGUUCCAGCCAGAGGUGUUGGACUACUUUAUGCGGGAUGAAGUGAUAUACAAUUCCGAUGGAACAGUAAGUUGUAAGACCACCGCAAAACAGCAAGUCGUGGUGUAUACAUCUCGCGAUAUCUCUGUUCUGCAAGGACGCACGCUCUUACAAUUUAUUACAUUCCCAGUUUUGCACUUGGUUGGCUCGAGAUUCACGUCGCAUUUCACCCCAGAGGCCGUGGAGUAUAUUAGAAGCACCCUCCCAGAUGUGACCGGUGCCAUGAUUGAGAACGCUGGCCACCUUUUGCACUGCGAGCGGUUUGACGAAACCAUGGAGAUUAUGGAGGAUUGGUUUACCAAGAGAACAAUGUUGGAAUUUAGAGGGACUCUGGAUGUCUCCAACAGCGAUUUGGCCGGGAGGGAAGAGAUCUUUUGCCAGCGCUACGCUGAAUUGUUUGCGUCGAUGGAUCAGAACAAUCCCUUGUUCAAAGGACCGAAAUUGUGA